CUAACACACAGCCACAGAAACAACAGGUUUCAGUCUGGUUAUAUUGACAGCAGCUCUAUACAAGAAUAUAACAGAGCGGGGCUUGAAGUUCUUACUUCAGGAAGAUGGACGGAUACAUGAUUUUUUUCAUUAUUCUUACUGGAGCUAUGGCACACCAAGAUUUGGAAGAUAAAUCCUUAAUUAUUCCCAGGCAAGAUGACUAUUCAUACUUCAUUCUGAAACCAGAGGAGCCCAAGCCAAUGAGCAGUUUCACUGUCUGCCUUCAAUCCUUCUCUGAAUUAAUUGAAUAUUCUCUUUUUUCUUUGGCCACUGAAAAAGAGGCUAAUGCCCUUUUAAUUUACCCAAUGCCAGGAAAUAUGGUCUAUGUUUAUGUAGGUAAUGAAGAAAUCCGUUUCAAGGUAGAUGAAGGUCUUUAUGAAUGGAAGCACAUCUGUGUGAGCUGGACCUCUGAAACUGGAGUGACUCAGCUUUGGGUGAAUGGAAAACUGUAUCCUAGGAAGGUUUGCAAAAAAGGGUAUUCAUUUCCUGCCUCAACCAGCGUAAUACUGGGACAGGAUCAGGACUCCUUUGGAGGAAAAUUUGAUAAAAACCAAUCCUACACAGGUGAAAUAUCCGAUGUCCACAUGUGGGAUUAUGUGUUGUCCCCUGAAAAAAUACAGAAGGUUCAUUUUAGUGAAUUUAGUGGGAAUGUCCUCAAUUGGAGGUCUCUAGAAAUGCAAAAGAAAGGUGAUGUCCUUAUUGAGCCAAAAAUAUUGAGCAGGUCAUCAAGAAUGAAGAAUGUAUGUGCCAUAUGACAAUAAGCAAAUACUCUGUUAUCUCACAAAGGGUUGGAUUGCAUCCCAGUUGAUGGUACUGUUAGUUAAGGGUAAUUCAAAGCAAGGAGUUGCAGAUCACAAGCAAGAAAAUGACAGCCACACUGUGAGAUUAGACGAAACAUUUGCUAAAUUAGGCUGUGAAAAAAAAAACAAUUAUGCAAAUUACUCUUACAAAUGCUGCACUGAAUUGAUGUAAACGGGAAGGUGGUAAAAAUGUAUUUCUGGCUGGAAUGUCUUCAACUCCGAGAAUCAACCUAUGAAUAAUGAUAAUCCAACAAUGA